GUCAUGUCCUAUGACCGCUACGUUGCCAUCUGCAAACCCCUGCACUACGGGACCCUCCUGGGCAGCAGAGCUUUUCUCCACAUGGCAGCAGCUGCCUGGGGUUAUGGGUUUCUCACAACUCUUCUGCACACUACCAAUGUAUUUUCCCUACCCCUUUGCCAGGGCAAUGCCCUGGACCAGUUCUUCUGUGAGAUCCCCCAGAUCCUCAAGCUCUCCUGCUCAGACACAGACUACUUCAGGGAAGUUGGGCUUAUUAUACUUAGUGCCUGUUUACUUUUUACGGGUUUUGUGUUCAUUGUGUUCUCCUAUGUGCAGAUCUUCAGGGCCGUGCUGAAGAUCCCCUCGGAGCAGGGACGGCACAAAGCCUUUUCCAUGUGCCUCCCUCACCUGGCCGUGGUCUCCCUGUUCAUCAGCACUGCCAUGGUUGCCUACAUGAAACCUUCAUCCAUCUCCUCUCCAUCCCUCGAUCUAGUGAUGGCUGUUUUGUAUGCAGUGGUGCCUCCAGCAGUGAACCCCCUCAUCUACAGCAUGAGGAACCAGGAGCUCAGGGAUGCCCUGAGGAAACUGAUCCAAUUGCUUUUACAGUAUUUACAGUAA